GGGAGUUAAUUUUUACAACAAAAAAGGAUAUUUUGAUAUUUCGCAUCCCCCGUAAGACGAGCUGGAAGAGAAAAUUUCCUCAAUUCAGCUGUGAUGAACUCAUCACUGCUCAGCCUCACACAGAGUUCGUUCAUUCCUCGAAAAGGGAUAAAUAAACCCAAUUGGACAGCACCGACGCCGGGAAAUGUUUUUUUUUCACGGAUAAGGAAUUGAAUGCCAUCCAACGGACGAUACUGCGGCUCUUCAACGGUUAAAAAUAAGCGCCGAGCGGCCGAGGCGACUUCUGCCUUCAACGCCACCCAUGAUAAACAGUUCCUUCGACGCGCUAGGGGUUUCCUGAAGUAUUUUUUUGUAGGCUUUGCAUAGGCCGAAUAAGCCGACUUUACGAAAUGCGUCGCCUUUCAAUUAGACGGAUUUGAUCUUCGCCAGUUUUGGAAUUUCAAUUUCGAUUGGGUGGCCCCACUCCAAACUUGACGUUCUAUGCCUUGGGGUAUUGAACUCUCCGGUGAUUUACUGGUAGACGAUCCUACACAUUAUUAUUAUUAUUAUUACUAUUUUUUGGGGGGGAUACUGUUUGUUAUAGUUCCCCCACGGCAGGGUGUAAUCACUUUCCUCAGACCGAGCCUCCUUUUCCGCCAAUUAGUAACUUUUUGGAUGGCUUAUCCAACACGAAACGAUUUCGGUAUUGGCGCGAAUAUCGGCUCUUUUUGCGCACCCCCAUUAAUUUUUGUUGAGGCGGCUUGAGGAGUGCCAUCAAGCCAU